UUAUCGCGCUUGUUCUGUCAAUGUCAUUUUUAAUUUGAUGCUGAUAUCGCGUGACCGAAGUUAAUCAAAACCGAUUGUGCGCAAUUUCUGAUACAUUAAUCAUAGUUAUUACCGGUUUCAUGACACAUUAAUAAAUGCAUGCAUUUCAAUUUUAGUCUGCAUGUUCUAAAUAUGCAAUUUGUAUUGCUUAACGAUGUUAAAAUCAUACUGUGUGCAACCUGUUAUGAUGAAUUUUUAAUAGUUAUACCGGUUUUCAUAUCAGCACAUUUAUGUCUUUUCGGCCAAUUUUAACAUCUGCUAUACGAUUAAUGUCUACAGCGAUGGAAAAACAUUGUGUAAUUCCUGAUGUUAUUCCAAAACCUCCAAAUUCUGUAUUAGAGGUAUGUUAUCCCAGUGGAGUAAAAGUGGAUGGAGGUAAUGAGUUGACUCCAACACAAGUCAAAGAUAUUCCAACAGUCAAAUGGGAAGCUGAUCCAGCAACUUUCUAUACUCUUUGCAUGACAGAUCCAGAUGCCCCAAGUCGAGCUGAUCCCAAAUUUCGUGAAUGGCAUCAUUGGUUGGUUGGAAAUAUUCCUGGAUGUGAUGUGUCUAAAGGGGAAACUUUGUCUGAAUAUAUUGGUAGUGGACCACCACAGGGCACAGGAUUACAUAGAUACGUUUUUCUGCUCUACAAGCAACCGGAUAAAAUAAAAUUUGAUGAAUUGAGACUGACUAACAGAAGUGGCGAUAAUCGUGGGCAGUUCAGUAUUGCAAAAUUUGCCAUGAAAUAUAAUUUAGGUCAACCUAUUGCUGGAAAUUUAUACCAAGCUCAAUGGGAUGAUUAUGUUCCAGAACUCUAUAAACAGUUGGGAGCUUAGCUGGCUAAAAUAUAGUUCAAUAAUAAUAUGAACAAUGUUUGAAUUUUAAUAAAACUAUUAUUUGUUGAUA